GGUGUCUCAGUGAUUUCGGUGAACAAACUUAAUCAUUUUUUUGGAACUAAUUUGAGUGAUCAGUCACCAUGCCGUCUGUUCGUAUUGAGGAGAUUAAGAGGUUCAUGGAAGAGAGCCUGGUGGCUGCAGGGGCUCCCGUCUCGGAGGCAAAGGCGCAAACUGAUCUGCUGUUACAUGCUGAUAUUGUGGGCCAUUUCAGCCAUGGGCUUAAUAGAUUGGAAUUAUACAUAAACGAUAUGAAGAUCGGUGGUUGCAAGCCGAGCGCUAAGCCCGUAAUACUGAAGGAAUCUGCAGCGACCGCCUGGGUGGACGGGGUUGAUGCGUUAGGGGCUACUGUGGGGAAAUUUUGUAUGGACCUUGCUAUGAAGAAAGCGAAGGAAUGCGGCGUCGGAUGGGUCUCCGCGAAACGAUGCAAUCACUUCGGUAUGGCUGGGUAUUGGGCACUGAAAGCGCAACGUGAAGGUCUUAUUGGUAUGGCAUAUACGAACUCGGCACCGAUCAUGACUCCAACUCGAGCUAAAAAUAGUGCAAACGGAACCAAUCCCAUAGCAAUGGCAGCUCCAGCAUCGGGUGGAGACUCGCUAGUUGUUGACAUGGCGACUACGGCUGCGGCUAUGGGCAAGGUUGAAAUGCAACUUAGAAAAGGGGAGAAGAUUCCAGAAGGUUGGGCUCUCGGUUCCGAUUCCAAACCGACAACGGAUCCUCAAGAGGCGUUCGAAUCUGGUCGUCUUAUGCCGUUGGGCGGUCAAGAGAAAACUAGCGGAUACAAAGGAUAUGCUCUUAGUACAAUGGUGGAAGUAUUUUGCAGUGGGCUAUCUGGUUCCAAUUCCUCCCACAAUGUACCAUCAUGGUCAUACACCCAAGUGGAGCCUCCCAACCUGGGCCAAUGUUUUGUAGUGGUGGACCCGGAACGAUUCGCGCCAGGAUUUGCGGACAGGAUAAAGGAUUGUCUUGAACAUUAUAGAAGCUUGGAACCUAUCGACCCCUCGCUCCCAGUCCUGGCUCCAGGAGAUAAAGAAAAAAAGAACGAAAAAUUGACGCGCGCGAGUGGCACAAUAUCAUACCCCCAGGGACAAAUUGAUUCGUAUAAUAAAAUGGCGGAAAGAAUUGGCGUAAAGCCUAUUAAAGUUGUAUCUAGCAAUCUGUAAGAUGAUUUGAAUAAGGUA